AUGACGGGGGGCCAAAAGUCCGGCAGUUUCAGCGCCACAGCGAACGUAGCUGCAACAGGAGGCGGAGGUCCGGCGGCCGCUGAUGCAUCCAUAGCCGAGUCUGCGUUAUCUACGGCCCGUUGCAUGCUUAAGUCAGGGGUCACCAAUGUGGAGCCAUGCCAGGCCCUGGUGGACACGGGGUCUACCAUUUCCCUGAUACGACCUGGCAUGCUCCCUGAAACAUCCGGGCCACUGGUGAAGGGUUGGUUGCCCACAGACACCCAGCUGAUGACAGUGAAGGGGGAGAAAACUGUUAUGCGGGGGAAGAAACCGUUGCGGAUCCGAGUGAAGGAUCUAGAGCUGGUGCACGACUUCUGGCUCGCCGACAUUCAAGACCAGUGCAUCAUUGGCCUGGAUCUGCUGAGCCGCUGGGGGGCCUGUGUCGACACCGCGAAGCUGGCUAUCACUCUUGGAGGAGCGGGCCCGGGAGGUGCUGGGGGUGGCUACUGCUCAGGCCACAGCCGGUGGAGGGGGGUGGCUCCCAUUGACAAAGCAGCAGCUGAAGCGGGAGCAGCAGCAACAUUGGUUCAGGUGGGGGCCUGGCUAGAGGCGGCGCAACGCCCCGCCUGGACGGGGGUGUUGGGAAAGGAGCCCGAGGUGAAGGCCUACUACUCCCAGCACAACAAUCUGGAGACCCACGACGGCCUCCUGUACCGGAGAUGGCGAGCCCCCGGUCAGGGCAGAGAUCUCCUGCAGCUGUUGGUGCCUCGGUCGCUGCGGUCGCAGGUGCUUGAGCUGGUCCACGGCUCGGUGGAGGCAGGACACUAUGGGAACGCCAAAACUCUCCACCGCCUCAGGGGACGCACAGAAGGGCCCAACUCAAUGCUCCACUGCCCCCCUUCAGCAGUACCUGGUGGGGGCCCCAAUGGAAAGAGUGGGAGUGGACGUCCAAGGGCCUUUCCCGUCACAGAGUCAGGGAACCGGUAUGUGUUGGUGGCUAUGGACUAUUUCACGAAGUGGCCAGAGGCCUACGCGGUGCCGGACCAGAGCGCAACAACGACGGCCGAGAAGCUGGUGGAGGAGAUGUUCACCCGUUUUGGGGUCCCGGCUGAGCUCCACAGUGACCAGGGGCGUAACUUCGAAUCGAAGGUCUUCGGGGAGAUCUGCCGGCGACUGGGGGUGGAGAAGACGAGAACCACACCGCUCCACCCACAAAGCGAAGAGUUGGUUGAGCGCUUCAACCACACGCUGGCCACCCAGCUCGCCAUUCUCACCAGCUGCCACCAGCGGGAUUGGGACCGACAUGUGCCCCUGGUCCUUUGGUCGUAUCGGACUGCGGUGCAGGAGUCCAGCCAGUGCACACCUGCUGCUCUGAUGUUUGGACGGGAGCUCCGGAUGCCUGUGGACCUGGCCCAGGCCAGCGCCGGAGUACGACAGAAAAGAGCCUAUGACACCAAGUGCCAAGGGGGGGUUUUCAUGCCUGGCGACAAGGUUUGGGUGUACUGCCCGGUUCGCCAGAGAGGAGUGUCCCCCAAACUCUGCAGUCACUGGCAAGGGCCGGCGGAGGUCGUGGAGCAGCUAACAGACGUGGUGUACCGUAUCCGCAUGCCGGGCCCGGGACGCAUCGUGGUGUUGCAUCGGGACAGGCUCUCACCGUACCGACCGCUCGCUCCGGCAGACGCCGGGGCAGGGGAUGAUGAUGACAAAGAGGAUACAGUGUUAGGGAGUCUGCCCCUGCUCAGUUUCCAGAUUGGAGGAGUAGAGCUUUCAGAAAACAUCACCUGCAAAUUUGCCUUUAAGGUGGAGCAUGUCGGGACCAGGACAUACUAUUUCAGCACAGACAGCUAUGCAGAACAGGAAGAGUGGAUCAGAGCCCUGAGUGAUGCUGCUGAGGUCACUAGUCAACCAAGAAACAGGAAACACCAAGAUUUUAUCAACCACAGCAUGGAGACAAAGCCUCAUAACUCACAAACACAACACUUAUGCUCUCACAUAAAUGAUAGAAUGGAAGGGAAAAGUGAAGAAGCUGAAGGGGGAAGAACAACUCCUCCUCCUAGUGCCAUGCCCCUCAACAGCAGUAGUAAACCCCCUCCAUCCAACAGCCACAAUGGACAUCAACCAGCUGAGGGACAUGAAGAGCCAGGUGUUGGUUUAUCAUAUGAGCCCAGGGAACAACAGGAGAAUGUGGUGCUGAGGAGAGGUUUUGUCCCAAGGACAGCUCCAGAGAGGUUGGCCCAAAGAAAGUGCUCAAUGGCUCAACUGCAACAGUGGGUCAACCAGCGGCGGGGCAUGGCCUCGCAAGAAGACAUCAACAGGCCACCCUCUUACUAUUCUGUGAACCAAGAAGUCUCAGCUGGCUACUAUAACUUUGUGGACGAAUACUCUUUGUACCUACCAGGGGUCCGACCAGACAGCAUCUGCUCUAUGUCUGCUGUGGGGGGCUAUGACAGACUAUGGACUAUUGAGCAAAAGCGACACUCUCUGAGGGAUGAACCCCACCGGUUGUACAGGAAACAGAUGCCCCAAGACCAAUGGGGGCCACAGUACUAUGGUGGAAUGGAAACAUCCAUGAGGAGCCUGUUUAUUCAGCCACGCUCCAAGUCUGUGCCCAGAUCACCAUCCUCAUCAUCGAGGCGGCCCUAUUCACCAGCGUCAUGCACCUAUGCCUCACCUGCUCGAUCACUAUCCAAUGGUUUUGACCGGUUUUCAGGGAGGAUGAAUGAAGAUGCAAUCUAUCCACCAGUCUACAGUCUGAGAAGAUCUUUCAGCUCCCCAAAGGUGCCUCCUUUCCAGGAUAUAAACUACAGAGAACUGCAUCCUACACUGAAACUCAAUGAGAUCGAAACCAGUAAGCUCUUGGGGCGAUUAUGUGAGCAGAACCAGAUUUUGAAAGACCAUGAGGCAGUUGUCCACAGACUGAGAAUGAAUAAGGACAGCCUAGAGGAAGCACUGUUGGCUACUCAUCAGGAAAUGGAGAUAUACCAUAACCAGCCUUUAAUCAUGGAAAAGCUGCAGUUCAAAAAGGAAACCCAGCAGAACCAGCUGAUUAACAUCAGAGGGGAGCUCUCCCAGGCCUCCAGUGCUUUAACAACUGCUUGCAUGGAGUUUGAAGCAUUAGAGGAUGAGGCCAAUGCCAUCCAUGGAGACCUGUGGGAGCAGCUUAAUGCUGGAGGACAGAGUGAAUUAGUUCGGCGGCACAUCCAAAAAGAGUUUUGGAGAGUCCAGGAUGUAUUAGAAGGUCUACAAAAGAACAGCUUAUCCAGAGGCAUAAAAACAGCCAAGGGUAGAGUUGACAGUGGUGCAUCAGGGUCCUUUACCACCAAUAGUCCAGCAAGCCCACUGAGCUCAGUAAGCCUUACCAGUCCACUGAGCCCCUACUCCCCAGUGCCUGUUUGCCAGGCUUCUCCAACCAAGGAGUUGGGUCUGGAGGAAAGUGUUCCCCCUAGGCCUCCCCUUCCCAAAUCCUAUUACCCAUUGGAUCCCUCCUAUACCUUUCCUCCCUCCAUCCCUCCCCUGCCUUUUGACAGCACGACCUGGCCACACAGCUUCGGCAUCGAUGUUGAUUACCUUGGUGGUGAAGAUUCUGACUUCAGAAAGCCCAAGUUUGGAGAAUCGAACAAUAUCAGUGAUGUUCAGGAGCAGGCCCAGGACAGGCAGUCCACCAUGAAUAAAGUUGGCAUUGUUCCUCCUAGAACCAAAUCCCCCACUGAUGAAUCGCAGAGGAACUUUACUGAAGUUCAUCGCCGUAACAGCAGAGUGCUUAAUGGAGUCUCCAGGGAGCGCCCAAAAAGUGCUGCUUUUCCCACAGAAAUUAAGAUGAAGAUGAGUGUGGAGGAACAAAAUGAGCGACUUCGUCGCAACCAGUGCAGUUCUAUGAGGGACAAAAGGAGAAGCCUAAACCUGUCAGGAGGCCAGUCUCCAGCCAAUUACAAAGUGGUCCGUAGGCGGCUGACAGCUCAUGAGAUUGACAUCAAAGACUUAGAGAAGGCAGUUCGAGGACAGGGGCAAGAGUCACCAGAGGAAGAAAUUGCUCGUCUGAGAUGUUUACAGAUUGAACCAGAGCAUUACAACAUCAGCAAAGAGAUGGCUCCUGACAAGGUUCUGAUCCCUGAACGCUACCUGGAUGUGGAGAAUAACACUCUCUUGAGCCCAGAGGAGCAGAAGGAGAAGCAGAAGAAGCUAGAACGAAUCAAGACCCUUAUUGCCAAAUCAAAUCUGCAGAAUAUGGUUCCCCUUCUGGACGGCCCAGUGGAAGGUGGAGCUCCAGCCAGCUCCCAGCAGCAGUUGCAGGAGCAAGAGAAGCGUAUUGAGAUCUCCUGUGCUCUGGCUGCUGAGGCCUCUCGUCGUAGUCGCCUUCUCUCUGCUCAGUGUGCCUCCAGUUCUCCAGUCUCCCCAACAAACAUAGUUUCUCCCCCUUCCUCGGCUGACUUUCCCAUCUCAACCCACACCAUGAAGGUGUGAUUCUCACAAGUUCAAGCCCUGGGCGCUGUUAAGGUUGAUGGAGCAUCUUUCUGAGGAUUGACUCAAAAAACUGGAAAGUCUCAGAAAAUGGAAAAAGAAAGACCAAAUUUUUACAACAAAAUCAUUUAAAUGUGUCAAAUUAAAUUUCUGGGAGGUAAUAACAAUUUGAAAUCCAAAAGAAUGGGGUAAGACUCAUGAACUCAAGACUCCUCCUGUUAUAUAUGCACUGUAAUGACAAAGGAACACUUCAGAUUACUUAGCAUACUUCUUUUUCUUUUAGCUCAGGAUAUAUCCUACAAAGUAGAAAUUACUGAAAAACUAACAAGGGAACAUAGCAUAUAAGAAGCUCUCGCUGAAGAUCAACUAUGAAAAAAAGCUACAGAGAGUAUGAAGAGAGACAGUUUCUAAGAGUGUGAUGUAAAUGAAUCUAAAGAUGCAUCUGGGCCCUGAAAGCCAAAGUUGAAGAACCAACCAGCCCAACUACUGGCCUGUGAAGCUCAGUGAGGAGUGAGGCUAUGGAUAUUUAUUCACACUGGUUGAAGUCUUUGGAAAGUUUCGUGUAACAGAAUCACAUUUUCUUUACGGUCAGAUGCUGUGUAAAAUGCAAAUAAAAACAGAAUGUAAUGAUUUACAAACAAAUUAAUUACGUUUAUGAAAACGGUACAAGAAAAACUAUAUAUAUAAUAAAAAGGAGAAAUUUUUUUGAAAAGAA